AAUAGGAAAAGAAAGAUGUUUGAAAACAUAACAGCAAGUGAAAUAGCAGGCUACACUGUUGGAGCUCUACUCCUCUCCGCUACCAUUUCCGCCUCCAAACUCGACUCCUUCGUUUCUAUUUCUCAGCGCAGUUCUUUGGGUAUGUGCAAGAGAUGUGGUGAUUUGAAGAUGAUAGCUUGCUCCAAGUGCAAAGGCUCUGGUCUGAUCAAACAACGUGGACCGUUCGAUUUCAUCACAGCCGUCGGUGAGAAACAAGAUUUCGGUCUGAAAGCCACGUCACCAUCUUCUUCUUGCAUGAAUUGUCGUGCUAGAGGCCAUUUUUCCUGCCCUGAGUGCUCCAAGUAACCACCCCAAGUUUUAACUUUUUUAUUUUUUUUAUUUUCUUUCAAUUCCGAUUUAAUAGUUCAAAUUCUAUUUAAUCGAAACGUCCCUUAAUGAAGCUUUA